AUGGAACGACUCCUCGCCGAUACUUUGUUUGAUGAGGCCUGGACAACCGAGCGGAAACUACAUGUUUCGAUGUUUGAGCUUGCUGGGAACUCAGCAUACGACCUCUUGGACUCGCGUGCGCCGUUCUCAAUCCUUCAAGACUCGUUUGGCGAUACACAGCUUGUUGGUGCCCAAGAACUUCCGAUCGAUAGCAAGUCUGCAUUUUUAGAAUUGAUCGAAAAAGCAACGUCAUUUCGACAGACUGCCGGUACAGAGAAAAAUGACGGGUCAUCCCGCUCCCACGCAAUUUGCCGUAUCAGAGCUGUGAACAUACUACCAGGAGUUUCAGAAGAUGGCAUCCUCUACUUGAUUGACCUCGCAGGGUCGGAGGCAGCACGAGACCUUGCCAAUCACAGCGCCGACAGGAUGAAGGAGACCCGUGAGAUCAAUAUCAGCCUAUCGAUACUCAAAGACUGCAUAAGAGGUAUAGCAAUCGCCAACAACGCACCCGAAACUUUGAAAAAGGGUCAAAAGGGAUCAUACAUUCCAUAUCGUCAGAGCACAUUGACGCGAGUCCUAAAGCAUGUGUUUGAUCCGUCUGGUACUCGAAACUCCAGGACUGCAGUAUUAGCCUGCAUCAACCCAAGCCUUUUAGACACUGCGGCAAGCAAAAAUACUCUUCGUUAUGCCAAUAUGCUUUGCUCGACUGAGGUCAAAUAUCAGUCGGCGGAGCAUAAUCCUACGAUACCCAAAUCAUGGAAUAACAAGUAUCUCCGAAGUUAUAUCACCAGGGAAUCGGGAAAUCCCGUGAUUUCACCCUCCAUUCUUGCACCACACGAGACUGGCCCUCAGCUCUUAAGCAUUCCUUUACCGCAAUUUGUCGCCCGCUGUCUCCGUACUAAGGGUGUAACGGAGAGGCAAGCCAAAGCCUUCCAUUCAAAGCUUUGGCGCCUUCACAUUGACUCCACACGCGUCUCGAGGACGGGGCAGAAUGGAAAACCCGAUUUAAUUCAACAAGUCCCUAGUUCCCCGGCGAGCGUGGUAUCUGUGAAUCGUGUGUCCUCCCGUGACUUGGUGUGUGAGGGGGACAUGCGAACAUUCAAAGAUCGCAUUCGGCCUGGUAUGGUGAAUGUGGUUGGAAAGAACAUGAAAGAUAUUUUUGGCAAUGAGGUCAAUCCGAGUUAUUGUCUUUCAUCGCAUGAGAAGACAGAACGCUAUUUAUGUGCUAUGAUCUUGUCCGGGGGGUUGGCAGACUCGUACGAGGUCAGUAUUUGGCGCCAGAUUGUUGUGGACCUGGGCUCUAUGGAAGCAGAAGUCUCGCUCGAGUAUGAUCCCGCCACGAGAUACUAUCAUAUCUGUUGA